AUUACAGUUUUGUGCAGUGAAGUGUCUUUUUUAUAAUGAGUUCCGAAAAAACUGGUGCUGCAGAUUCGUCUGCUCCGAAAAAACGGCGAAGUAUUGCUGAAAUUAUUAAUAAAGCAAAGACAAUCUUGCCCACCGGUGAGCAUCGUUGUGUUAUUGUUCCUGAUUGUGUUUACAUACAAAAUAAGCUUGUUGUCGGGAAUUUCAAGAGGCACAUACAAACGCAUCAUCCGAAGGAAUUCCAACUCCUUGGUCUAGGAGAGGUGGAUUCUAUCAAGUGUGAGAAAGAGCGAGAUCCAGUAAUUCCUGUACGGAUGUCUCCGAAGCGGUUGUUGGGUGGCCUUGUGAAGAUGAUAUCUGUCAAUGGAUUACCGUUAAUAGGAAUUGACUGGGAAGGAAUGCAAGAUGUUAUUCAACCUCUCUGCGAAGCCAUGAAUUUGACUGUCAAUAGCCACAACAUGCGUCAAUAUGUGUCAAAAGUUGCAACUGGAAUUGACAAAGAGAUUUCUAUGGAAGUAGAGGGCAGAUGGUUGUCCCUCAAAGCCGAUAUUGCAUUCAAAAUGUGUCGGAGUGUUCUUGGCUUAAAUGCGCAGUUUGUGGACAGUAAAGGUGAAUUGCAGAAACGUACACUUGCUGUCGCUGAGCUUGCCGAAAGACACACUGGGGCUUAUCUUAAAGAUGCAGUGUUUCGGAUCCUCGAUCAUCUCGGAAUUCGACCGCAGCAGCUUUAUAGCAUUUCAAUCGAUAAUGGGAGCAAUAUGGUCAAAAUGGCAUCUCUUAUGGCUAAAGAGACCUUAGAAGAUACUCGAACUUAUGAAUUCGAAGAGGACCUUGAGGGAGAAGAGAUCUCGUUGUGGAAGAAUACGUUCCCGGUCUUGGGUGUGCAGCAAUCGUACAUUUCGGCCUCAAGCUCAAUUUUGUUAGACGGAUUCAGUUUAAAUGGCCUGUUUAAUGCUAUGGAACAUUUGAUCGAUCUCGAUCUGAACCAUCCGACCCUUUAG